UUUUUUUUUUUUUUUUUUUAAAUAAUAUAAAAUACGAAAUGGAAUUUGAAAGUUUAAACGAACUUUAUUAAUAAUUUGUAGGUGACAAAACACGACGUCAUUUUUUUUUUAAAAAAAAAAACAUUACUAGCGCAAGCCGCGGCCUCCAACAGACACGAGGCGGAUCAGACCCACACGGAGCGCUGUCGUUUUUUUUAAAAAAAACAAACAAACACACAACAACAAAAAAAAAAACAGCAAGGUUUGUGUUUUAAAGACAUGGCGGAUUACGGUAACGGCCUCGCCGAAGAGUCACUGCUGGAUUCAGACCCCAGACACCACGAACUGGAAGACUCGGGAGCCGGUGACGAAAACCCGAGGCUGGAAGAAGGAGAGGCCGCCAUCGAAGAUCCGGAGCUGGAGGCUAUCAAAGCUCGGGUUCGAGAGAUGGAGGAGGAAGCAGAAAAAUUGAAGGAACUUCAGAAUGAGGUGGAGAAACAGAUGAACCUCAGCCCUCCUCCAGCAGGUCCUGUGAUCAUGUCGCUAGAAGAGAAGAUGGAGGCUGAUGCCAGAUCAAUCUACGUAGGGAAUGUGGAUUACGGGGCGACAGCGGAGGAACUGGAAGCUCAUUUUCAUGGCUGUGGUUCUGUGAACAGAGUCACGAUCCUGUGUGAUAAGUUCACAGGACACCCUAAAGGAUUUGCUUACAUCGAAUUUGCAGACAAAGAGUCUGUUCGGACAUCCAUGGCGCUCGAUGAUUCUCUGUUCAGAGGACGACAGAUCAAGGUGGGAGCGAAGCGGACAAACCGGCCCGGAAUCAGCACCACGGACCGGGGAUUUCCUAGAGCUCGCUUCCGAUCGCGAGGGACCUUCUCCGCAUCCCGCUCCCGCUACUACAGCGGAUUCAACCCCCCCAGAGGCAGGGGCAGGGCCUUCAGGGGCCGUGGGCGAACAACAUCCUGGUAUUCCCCUUACUAAUAAUUACCUCCCCUCCCACCACACACCCAUAAUCCCCACCCCACCCCACCCCACCCCCAAAAAAAAAAGAGAGAAAGAAAACACAAACAGUAUAAAAAAUAAAAAAAACACCACCACAUGGAAAAAGAGGAAGAAAACCGGAAGGAAAAAAAAAAAAAAAAAAUCUUCCUACUUUCUCACCUGGACAGGACAAGCAAGUGUGGGAGAAUCGUGGUUCUAAUGAUAUCCUAUAAUUAACUUGUGUUGCUUACAGGCACGUGCACAUGUGUGCGAUGCCUGUGUGUGUGUGUGUGUGCAUGUACACACGUGUUUGUGUGGCGCUGGACAGCCCCUGCAGUGGGUAAGAUGUUUUUUUGGUGGUGGGGGCGGGGGGGGCGGUGUCAAGGUUUUGGGAUGAUGCAGUAUUGUACUUGGCCUCGCUCUCUUAAUUGUGACAAGAGCAUGGAUGCACAAAGGGAUCUCUUUAUUUUCAAUGUUUCUGUGGAACUGAAACAGAAGAUGUGUGUUUUUGAAGUUGAAUUAUAAUUUUUUUUUUACAUGCCACAUUUCCCUGAAUGGCAGAUUUUUUCCACCCUCUUUCUGGCUUUUUUUUUUUUUUUGUCCCCCCAUGUAGUUUUUUUUUUUUUUUUUUACUCAUUUCACUUUUGGACUAACCUCUCCCUUUUCAGUCUUUCUUAACCGCUCUCCUUUUUCUUACCUCUAUCCAUUUUUCUCUCUCUCUCUCCCUUUUUAAAGACUGCAUGAUAAACUAAAGAUUUUUAAGCUCUCAAACUUUAUCAAAUGCUGCACAUUGUUUAGUUUACUAAGAGUUUGUCAGCAGUCUUUUUGAAGUGUGACGUGAACCCUCACAGCUCUGCUUCCCUUCCCCUGACCUUAAGCCCCCCUCCUUUCUCACUAGGCGACAUUGCUGGCUUUCUUGUAACGGCUUGCAUGCAAAAACAUGCUCUGUGUGUGUGUGUGUGUGUGUGUGUGUUGAAAAC